GUCAAAGUUGAGUGGCAUCAUUCUUCUUGCAGAUCCAUAUGAUGACGACUUUCUCGGAGUCCUGGCUAGUUGGCCCACAGCGCACGCAAUUCUACACUCGCACGUAUCGCCCAGCUUCCACAACAAAAGCUGUCGUAGUUUUCGUGCACGGGUUCAUAGAGCACAUUGCUCGCUACGAACACGUGUUUCCUGCUUGGUCCGCACGCGACAUAGCUGUCUUUGCGUAUGACCAGCGCGGCUUCGGGAGGACGGCCUUGGAUACGGAGAAGAAGAGCAAGGAUAGCUCGUAUGCGAAGACGAGCUGGAAGGAACAAUUUCAAGACAUUGAGUGGGCUAUAAACCACGCGAAAAGCGAGUUUGAUUCCAUUCCUGUGUUUCUUUAUGGGCAUUCAAUGGGCGGAGCAUUGGCACUUGCGUUUCCUACUAGGGCAAGUGCUCCUCCUGCAAAGGAGACAGUAACAGGCCUGGCGGGUGUAAUUUCCACUAGCCCCCUCAUCCUCCAAGCGAAGCCAGCCGCUAAAGCAGCAAGAUGGAUAGGUGGCAAGGCUAGUCUGCUAGCGCCAUCACUCACUAUUCCAUCCGACGUCAAGGGUCAGGAUUUGUCGCAUGACAAGACUGUCGGUGAGGCAUAUGCGAAAGAUCCGAUGGUUAAGCAAAUUGGGUCGCUUCGCGGAGUAAGCGACAUGUUAGACGGGGGCGAACACCUCUUACACACUGAUUAUGCACGUUGGCCCGCUGACCUUCCUGUCCUCUUUAUACAUGGUUCGGAUGACAAGGUUACUUCUGUCAAAGCUUCUGAGCUAUUUCAUCAACGGGUACCAGCGAAGGAUAAGAAAAUAUCCAUUUACCAAGGCGGCUAUCAUGAACUUCACAAUGAACCAGACGGCGUGAAGGAGAAACUCAUCGAGGAGUGUAUUACAUGGGUGGAGGCACACCUGUGUCCUAACAUUUCACCCAAGCUCUGAGGAUACUGACUUGAAUGGAUUACCAUUUUGCCUACGUUC